AUGAACUCACCUCAAAACCCAUUAAACGUGGGCCACCACAAUGCCCAAAAUCCUCACCUGCCAUCUGUAGCGCAUCAUGAACCAUCCCAGGAGGAAAAUAUGCAUCCUCCAAACCAACCUGAUCUUCUAAAAUGGAAGCUAAAAUGGAAGCAACCACCACAGGUAGAACACCCUCAAGAGCUCGCGCGUGGGACUCGUCCUCAGAUGCCUUGGGACAUGAUAGCGAAUUUUAGGCUUCUUUUACCUUUUCUGAUCGAGCCAUGCUACCUCCCGCCGGUCGCCGACUCCGUGGUGCCUUCCGCCACUAUCUCCGCCGCCGCGGUUCCUUUCUCCGUCGUCGCCGCUGCUACGGUUGCCAUCCCUGGUGGAGCUCAUGGCUUAACAAAGCAAAAAAUUGUGGAAAUUGAAGAGAUUUGGAUUAUUGAUGUCGGCGAGCAGCGAGCGGAUGGAGCAGUACUGCCGGCGGGCAUCGGCGUCGGCGACUGCGAGAGCGGUUCAAGAGAAACUGAGAAAGGGAGUCGAGAGAAUUCAGAUCGAUCGCGACACGAGAUCUCGUCUGUUCGGCUGCCUGCCUGCCUUGCAUAUGAUGUUUUGCCGAUUGGGCUUCACAAGGCACAAACAUCGACGGACGACGACCGCCAUGGCGAACAGAUAAACCGUAAAAGCGAACUGGCAAGAACCGCGAACAUCAAAAACUGGGGGGGUGGGGGGUGUUCGCCGGCGGCCAGGUAUGGCGGCCGCCAUCCCUCGCCAUACUGGUGGCUCCGCCACUGUGUUGAGGACAAGUUGCGAGUCUCGUUGCCUAACUCUGGAUUCAAUGCUAAACCACAUAUUGAGUCAAGAAUUAAGACAUUGAAGAUAGACUUCAAUAUUGUGUAUGAUAUGUUAAAUGGUCCAAAUACAAGUGGAUUUGAUCGUGCUACUGGAGGAAAUGCUGAAGGACCUAAUGAUAUUAUGGAAGAUAUACAAAGGGAAGAUGUCAAUCUUAAUGCUGAUAAUGACGUGGAAGCAACAUCCGAAAUUGGUCUUGAUGAUUUAGAUGCUUCAUUUUCUCCAUUACAGUCCCCAAGAUCUGCUGCAGUUGACAAGAGGAAGAAAAGAAAAAGAAGUGUUGAUAAAUUAACGGCUAUGACAGACAUAAAAGAAGCAUCGAUUAUUGGAAGUGAAAUUGCUAAAGCUAGUGAAAUUUUUGGUAAAGCUAUUGGAGUUGAUGCUGAAAUUUCAGAAAAGAGACAAAGGAUUGAUUCAGAGAUAAGGAAGAUUCCCAAUCUAGCUGUGGUGGAUGUUAUUAAAGUUGUGUGUCGUAUCGCUCAAUCACCCGAGUUAACCGACGUAUUUUUUAGCAUGACUGAAGAAGGAAGAGAGCAGUUGGUUAUGGCCAUCAUAAGUGGCCAAGUUUAA